AUGCCAGCGGCAAAUACGACGAGGCAGAACUUAGCAUCAUCGCACGACGAUCACACGAUGGACGAUUCAGAUCGAAAUGAUCAGUGGCUCUUCACCGACGAGGAGCUUCUGCGAACGCCGUCAAUAGUUAAGAAUGGAAUCACGUUCCAGCAAGAACGGGAAGGUCGGAGCAAGGGCUGCAACUUUAUCCUUCAAGUCGGGAUCAAGUUGAAGUUGCCUCAGCUCACCUUGGCGACAGCAUCGGUGUUCCUCCAUCGCUUCUUUAUGCGAGAGUCACUGAAGGACUUCCACUACUAUAAUGUUGCAGCGACAGCCCUUUACCUUGCGACCAAGGUCGAAGAGAACUGCAGGAAGCUUUCCGAUUUGAUUCAAGCAGUCGCUAGGACGGCCCAGAAGAACGAUCAGAUCAUUAUUGAUGAGCAAUCGAAAGAGUAUUGGAAGUGGCACGAUACUAUCAUGUUCACAGAAGAGUACAUGCUGGCUGCUCUCUGCUAUGAUUUCAAUGUCGAAAAGCCCUACAAGCUACUGCAGGACUACCUUCACCACAUAAAAGUUGAGAGCGGGGUGGCGAAGGAGAAGGAUAUCAUGAAAGUUGCUUGGGCGUUUAUUAAUGACUCCCAUCUGACUGUAUUGUGCCUCAUGUUUCCGGCUUCAACUAUAGCAGGAGCGGCUUUGUACAUGAGUGCUAAGUUUAACGAUACGGUUUUUAAGGAUGGCAAAGAUGGCAAACCUUGGUGGGAAAUCAUUGGUCUGAACCUGAUGCACAUCAAGAAAGCUUGCAACCAAAUGGCGGACCUCUAUGAGAACAACCCUUUGAGGAACGCCGACGGGAAAUAUCCCACCACGCCAGAGACCGAAGACACCAAUAGUAAUAGAACGCGCCCAUCUGCCAGACUUACUGAUGAAGGGCAUGAGAGCACCACCAAUAGCAAUGGUACAAGUAUGCAGGAUGUCCCCAUGGACUCCAAGCUCCCAGAUACGUCGCAAAGCGCUGCAACAUUGGAUGACCGUGAAGAAGGAGAAUUCGUGGACGACGAUGAUAGGGAAGAGGGGGAGCUUUGA